AUGGAAACAAACGCAGAAACGUCUUCAGCAGAGAAUGUCAACACAAACAACAUUUCAUCACAAGAUACAAACGAAAGCACAACAACUUCAAUAAACACUGAGUCAAAAACUGCUCAAGAAUUACGAAAUCGAAAGACGAAAUCUACACCUACAACGCCUGCGACACAAAGUAAAGAUGAAACUACUAAUGGAGGUGAAUUCUACGACUGCAACAUUUGUUUCGAUACUGCAAUGCACCCUGUCUUGACAUUAUGUGGUCAUUUGUUCUGUUGGUCAUGUCUAGCACAAUGGCUUCAUGCACAAUCAAGAAACCCUACUUGUCCAGUAUGUAAAGCAGGUUGCGGUAAAGACAAAGUAAUCCCAAUCUAUGGUCGAGGUAAAGAGGAAAUAGAUUUCAGAACUGACCCAUCUAUACCCACACGCCCAGCUGGUCAAAGACCUCCGCCUCUCCGUGACCCUAACCGACCUGCGAAUUACUUUUUUAACCAACCUUUUGGAAGCAAUACAUUUCAUAGAGGUGGUAUGUCAAUAUCUGCAGGAUUUGGUAUUAUUCCAUUUGGCGUCACUUUUAAUAUUCCAGCAGGAACACCUCAUGCACAGACAACACCACAGGGAGCCUUUAUAUCAAGGUUAAUUAUGAUGUUAUUAAGUUUAUUAGUUAUAGCUAUAGUGUUUGCUUAA